AUGCGAGCUUGCAACGGCUGCCGAAAACGAAAGAUCAAAUGUGACGCCGCGACGACGAAUACUUGGCCAUGUUCUGCAUGCACUCGCCUGAAAUUAGUCUGUGUUCCUCCGACGAUAGGACAAGAAGGAGACUUUGGUCCCGACCCUCAAGGUCUGGAAUCGACCAAUGCAUCCGAAUCUUCAAGUGCGCCCGAUACUUCUCACCACCCUUUCCCAGUGCCUCCAACGUAUCGGGAUGGGAGUCAGUCUUCGAUGGGAACUCUGCCCGCCUACGAUGGGAUGAAUAUGUACCCUCAAUUUGUGCCUGCUCCACCAAACCAACCAUCAAUCUACAACGACAUGCGAACCCCUCCAAUGAUGAUGCAGCAUCCAUCCUAUCAACCGCCCCCUUUAUAUCACGGAGCGCAACCGCCGUCUAUAGCGAGUCCAGAUCAAGGACUCUACAUGGAUGAUCCUUCAACAGUAGAGAAUCUUAGUGAGGUUUUGGGAGAAUUGAAAAUUGAUGAAACAGGCAUCGCUCCCUAUAUCAGGCGACAAAGAACCGACCGUCUAGAGCCCGAUGCGCCUGUGCAGGACGAAGCUGAGGAAAGAUUACCGCCACUCAGUACGGGGGCGGGCGCGAAGAUACGAAUACCCCCAGAACUUAUGCCGGCUGAAGAAGAUGUGAUGCAUUAUUUCAAAAUAUACUUCGAUGAGAUUCACCCUAUAUGCCCAUUAUACCACGCGCCCAUUUGUACUACCAAUGGCAAAAUGAUCGCCACUCCAUAUCUCCUCUUCUCCUCGAAGCUCUUUUUGCAUGCGCUGGUCGACUGUCUGAUGAACCCGCAGAAGGAGCACAAUGGCUUGCUCUGGCUAAUCCUAGAGAAUCUCUACCUAAAGAAGGGAUACUAUUACCGAUCGUGGCAAACGGUCAAGACUAUUGUGUCAAUGGCGAAGGACUUGGAUCUUCACGAACAUUAUAGCAGUCAUGCCGAGGGUAGGCCGUGCGACUUGAGCCCAAUUGAAUGCCUCGUGCACACUCGAGUGUGGCAGACUUUGCUGGUCGUCGAGGUGAUGAUUGGGGCCCCACAAGGCCGCUCGGAUUAUGGCGUAGAUCCCGAGACCGUCGAUAUGCGACCGACGCUGGACAUCAGGGGACUGGACGCCUAUGAGACAGACCGAUCUCGGCAGUAUGCCUAUUUUGUUCGAAAUGCGCACCAUAUUCGCAUCAUUACGGACUUAUACCACAAAGUCAAGAAGCAAAAGGAUUGGGAAGCCGAUCCUCGGUUUGUACAAAAGAACCCUCUUUUCGAGGACUGGUUACGCAGUCUGCCCUCUGAUUUGCAAGUCAACUACCCACCUGAUGGCUCGCCUCCUUGGAUCCCUUCUCACUUUGUUGCCAUUACCUCCCCAGACCCCGAUUUUAACUCAGAUGCUCGCGAAUAUUUUACACGCCACAUGCGUAUUUUAGAGCGUUGCUCUGCCGCCUGGCCUAUGCCUGAGAUUCAGGCGCAGAUUGAUUCGCUGCGGCUUGCCUUCUCUGCCGAUACUAACAGGCCUUUCGAGCUGAAGCCCAGCUUUCCAUAUGGAACUCCCUCCGAGGGGUAUCAGCCAAGUCCGCCCAUGGACGCGCAUUAUCAUCCGCACUUACGCCAAAUGUCGAAUCAUGUCCAAUCUAGAGUGGGUCUCAACGCACAUCCGAUUACUCCUCCGAUUUCUGCUGGUGCUGAAGAUUCGAAGUCCGACACAUCCUCCCAGUUACAAUCUCUUGGGAUGGUUCCUCACCAGCCAUCAACGAGCCACCCCCUCGAUCAACCUUUGACCGACGAAAACAGUUGGGAUCCGUCACGUAUCAUCAAUCAAUGGGAUAUGGCAUUCUCUGUGAAUCCCGCCAGCGUCAGCACAAACUCACCCCCAUUGCCAAUAAAUAAUCCCGCACAGCCAAUGUCGAAUAUAGUCAAUCACCAGUACCCGGUACCAUAUGACUCCAACAAGGUUGCUGUCUCACAGACUCAGUCAGUCUCACCUCCUCAAUUUCAGGCCCCACCGGUCGUGUUUACUGCCAGGGACUGGCAACAGAGCGUUGCGAGUGUAUAUGAUCCUCAUGGUCUUAAGCGACGGUGGAAUUAUUCUGUUGAUCUCGGUGCUGAAGAUGCGGUCAAACGUCAACGGGGAUAG